GUUUGAUUUGGAACAUCUUAGGUAAUUGCAACAUUGAUAACCUAUGCGAGCACUUGCCCCUAUGUUAUUGGUUAGCGCCUCUGUUCUUGUGGCCGUGAUAGUUGCUUACACUGGAUGGAAAAAUACUGCAAUAAAAAAUACUUUCGUUAUAGUUGUUCCUUGUUAUGCAAUAAGAAAAUGAUUCACACUUUUUGUUACUUUGCAAAAAUCUAUCGAGAAGAAUAUAUGCACGUACUUCUGGUGCUGGUGGAGAUUUGAUGAGUGAAAGCAUAUGCUUUUAUUCAUGUUGAAAAUUGCUUUGUACUUUACCUUAACUCCAUCUGAAAUUUGUGGACAUUAUCAUGAGAGAGGGUCCUUGAAAUGUGGUAAUGGCAGCUAUAUUUUUUCUAUCCCUGGGAGAAUGGGAGGUGUCAGCAGAUACACGUCCCUUAUGCUAGUUAUAAUAGCAUUUUUGGGUGCGUACCUACUGUUAUUGAAAUUCGGUUGUUUGUUAAUUUCCUGUUGAACUUAAAUCUAUGACAGAACCAAGCAUGUAUAUCUUUCAGAAACUAGAAUAAAUUAGAUUUUCCAGUUUUAUUGCAACUUGUGGGCAUUUGGAUAUACAAUAGUCAUGUCUAAAACAGAUCUGACUAGUCAACUUGUAAGUGGUUGAUUGAUAUCUUUAUUUAUAUGUAGGAUGGUCAUGGACUUGUUUACCGUAUACCUAACUACAAUGAUAGAAAUAAACAGGUCAAAUAGAAAGAUCCAUGAUAAGGCGUCAUGUCUUGUAUUAUGAUUUAAUUUGGAUGACUGAGGAAGUCGGCUUCCACGCAGUUGACUUCCUAUACUAUGAGAAAAAAGACCCGCAACACAACUCCUACUUAGCUCACAUCGAUGAUCAAAGUUUUGUUGUAAAAAUGUUGUCCGACCCUGGGAUUGAGAAAACUGUGCAUCUUCAUGUGCCAAAGGAGAAGUAUAGCGAUGAUAUUGCUUCACGUAGCAAUCAAAAUGAUAUCGCUCCAUCUAACUAUCCAAAUGGGAGGGCUCUCUUACUGGAUGGCGGUGUGUCUACUGAAGGUGCAGAGCAACUUACUGUGAGAAGGCCGCAAAGACGGUUGCGUAGGGCAAAAAGGUUGAAUGUGAUUGAGAUUGCUGACCAACUUGAUGAUGAAGAUGGAGACUUCAGCAAUGGUCAGAAAAAUAUUGCACCAAGUGAUGAAUCUCAAGCAAUAGAAGAUGAAGAGGGUCGAUUUCACAAUCAAGGCAAGGGAAAGGCGCACAAGUCAAUCUUUUGCAAGACUAGAGAAGCAGGGGACAAAAAAAUAAAUGUAACUUAAUAAGAAAGCGUACUUCUUCACUCAAGGUACGCAUUUCAAAUUUAAGUCAUUGUGACCUUAGAUGGCUGGCAUUCUUUAGUAGCAUUAUGAACACAUUUUGCUCAAGGAUUCUUAAUUGCUUGGCCUUCAGCUUUUAUAAGUUAUUUUCUCUUCUAUUUUCUGGAAUCAUAUGGUGCACAUUUAAUCAUAUAACUAUGAGGACCAAUUUUUCUUUUGCAGAUUCGAAAGAAGUAUGAUUGAGUUGCUGUGGAAUACUCCGAUUCAAUCAAGAAGCAAACAAAUCUGAAGAUUUUUCUUAGCAUGAGCUGCAGCUGAACACUAUAGU